UUUUUAGUAUUAUUUUAAACAUAACCCCGAAUACAAAACAGGAGGGUGGAAAAUGAACCUAAAAAGGAGGAUAACAGGAUAGAGGGGAAAGCUACCUUACGUCGGAAAAUGUCGCCUGAACCGCCACCUUUUCAGGAAGCAUCGCGCUGCGACGUCUGUAAAUGCAGCUUCAGUGCCUUCCGACGACGGCACCAUUGCAGAUGUUGUGGGCGGACUUUGUGUGCGGAUCACUCAGCAAGCCAUAUGGCCUUACCACAGUUUGGCAUUCAUUCACCCGUCAGAGUUUGUGCUGAUUGUUUUAAUGAUGCUCCUAGAUUUGUGGGAACUGGAGCACCAUCUUCUUCAGAUGAAGUCAGUAAUAUUGCAGAUUCAUUUUCAAGAUUAGAAGUCGAUCAAGUUCCAGAUACUGAAAAUGAUCAAUGUGAAAAGCAAUUAUCUAUGUCAAGCAAAUCAGAAUGCAAAUGUGGAAUGCCUUUAUGCAUUUGUGAAGCACAAGUGCAAGAUGAUCCAGUCAACUUGCAAAGUAAAACAACAACUACUUCUUCCAUGGCUAUAGCUCAGGAGGAUCCAAAGCCGAAAAAGGUGAACACGGUGCCAAAGAGCAGAGGAUCAUCAUCGAAUAAUAAGCAAGGAUUAUUCAACCUUGGCCAAGUUACAAGUGCUGCUGGUUCAGGAGAAACUCUUAAGAAUUAUGAAGUUAGUGGGGAGGGCAUGAGGGAAGCAAUAAAAAAUGGUGACACAGCCUCAGCUAAGAGACUUUUAAAUCAGGGAGUGGACGCAAAUUACCGUGACAAGCAAGGGUCAUCUUUGUUACAUCUAGCAGCUGUUUUUAAUCGAACUGAAAUAGCUUUUGCCCUCAUGGAAAGCGGUGCAAGUUUGCAUUACAAAAACCCACAAGGCGAGACUCCACUGGAUUGUGCACCAGCAACAUUGCAAUACAAGAUGAAGAAGAAUAUGGAAGAGACAGGGUAGAGUGGCUGAGAAUGAUGUGAUCUACUAGUGGCAUCUUUCUUCUUCCCUAAGAUAUAUGUAUGAAAAGCACUCUCUCAUCUAAAGGGGAAACAAAGACAUUGAUCAUUCAAGCUGUAUGCUGACUGGGUUACAAACUAUUGGUUCAUUAUUGUCAUUGUACUCCCUUUCUUAGGGUUAUUGUACUUCAUCUAUCAAUCAUAACCACAACCAAGUUGAAUGUAUUACAAUUCAUAUACUUCGUAUAAGGUAUAAAUUAUUAAAUUGUAUUGGGAUAUCCUGCAUGGUACGAACAAUUCUUUUCUGUCAAGUAUCAUACGGAGUAUUACUAUUUUUGUUUUGGGCAAAACUUUCUAACCUAUAAUAGUGUAGCGG